CGCGACCGUGGCGACGAGCUUCGUAGUCUCCGUCUGAUGAUGUCUGCGAUCGUGUUGGCAUCAUAUUGAUGUUUUCGCAGCUAACGGCUGUCGACACAAACUCAUCAUGGACCGAGAUAAACAAACCGUGCUGCUUUACAGAUUUGCCCUUUUAACAAUGGGCACACAGCUACUACUAAAAUGACCGUUUAUCUUCACUGUAACUGCAACCAACCGCCACACAUGCCUUCAACAUUUUGAUUAAUCAAUGUUAACGAUUGUCAGGAAGGUUAUUGGGUUCGUUUACUAGGCGGUGAUUCCUUGAACAAGCAGAAAAACACGCAGUAAUAGGAGGAAUGUACGUAGCGGUAAUAUGUAAACACGAUGAGCUGACAGACAAUAUGGCGGCACAGGUCAUGGGGGCGGAGUUGUGACGUCACGUGAUUGGGGUCUAUAGACGUAUUGUUCUAUAAAACACAACAGUUCUUUUGGCUCAAAAUACAGCUGUUUAUUUUAAAGAAGGGUGCAAGAGCAGAAACUGCUUUUUCUGCCUUGUCUGUGUUUUCCGCCAUAUCGGUUCCAAAAAUCGGUUAUUGGCUCCUCUAACUACUAAUAAUCGGUAUCGGUCCUGAAAAACCCAUAUCGGUUGAUCUCUAAUUUUUGGACACAGUAAACAUACCGGUCUUUUCUCGUCACCCACUGUAUUAAAAGUGAAGCCAAACGCUACACACACCUUGCCAUAUUUCCUCAUCUUAAUUUUCGUGAGACUUCAUAUAUCUUGCUCUUUGCUGUGUGCUCUUGUUUAAUGCAUAAAUACUGCGUACACUCUGAAAAUGAGAGCACCACUGCCACCCACUGAGUGGAUGUGCAACUGCAAAUGUCCCACAUUUACCGGAAGUUACAUGUAAGCACCCCAACUUAUAAAGAAAGUAACCCAAAAUGAACUAAACUGCUUGCCAUUGACCACCAAUCCAUUUCAAUUGUGAGGACUGGCUGGAAAACUUGAUAUUUCAGUGCCAUUGACGGAAGUAGACGUCCAAUCCAUUUUGACUGGGUUAGGGCGAAUGAACGUUCAUUCACCCCUCCCAGUCAAAAAUGAACGUUUAUUUGUCCCCUCCCAGUCAAAAUGGAUUUGACGUCUACCGCCGUCAAUGGCAGCCAAUAAGUCACAGAAGAAGCUGGAGGAACACAUCAGUCUCACGUCACAUUCACCUCUUCUUGAGCGACCUAUCAUUUCUCCCCUCUCUUGGAUUUCCUGAUCUGGGAACUUUGGUAGUGAGUGGGAAGAAUCAUUCUCCCCUCCCCCUUUCUCCCUCUCUCUCUCCCUCUCGCACCAUCUGGUCACGUGACAUCGCGCUGUCUGCUACAGCUUCCACAACGGUCGGCCAUCUUGGUCAACACCCAGUGUGCAUCCAGGCACCGCCAGCUUGAAAGGAGGGUGCCGGGUGAUGCUUUUGUUUUACUUUUUUUCCUUGAAACUCCUCCACUGCACAAAAGGCAACACAAGGGUGGGCAAGGGGGGCGGAGGAGCGAUUGAGCACAUCGCAGUGUGACUGGGAGGAGGACAGACACCUGCUCCGGACAUCCUUUUUGUCCCCUGCUUGGGAAUUUCGGGGGAGGAACCGCACAGCCCGUUUGCUAUUGUUUUUGCCAAGUCAUCGUCGCCAUCAUGUCGGAUUUGACCCCCCAGAGCGAGACGCCGACGCCCACCACCGACAAGAUAACCCAGGCCGCCCGGGAAACCAUCUAUCUGUGCAACUUCCGUGUGUCGGUGGACGGCGAGUGGCUGUGCCUGCGGGAGCUCAAUGACAUCUCCCUCACACCGGAUCCAGAGCCGGCCCACGAAGAUCCCAAGGACCCCAUCACCAUCGAGAGGCUGAACCUGAUGAACAUGGCCAAGCUGAGCAUCAAGGGCCUGAUCGAGUCCGCACUCAAUCUGGGUCGCACUUUGGACUCUGACUAUGCGCCUCUGCAGCAGUUUUUCGUGGUCAUGGAACACUGCCUCAAGCAUGGCUUGAAAACCAAGAAGACCUUCCUGGGGCAGAACAAGUCGUUCUGGGGAGCCUUGGAGCUGGUGGAGAAAUUGACGCCCGAAGCCGGCGAGAUCACAGCCAGCGUGAAAGACCUGCCUGGCCUCAAGACGCCUUUAGGACGAGGCCGUGCUUGGUUACGUCUGGCCUUGAUGCAGAAGAAGCUGUCCGACUACAUGAAAACCAUCAUCAACAGGAAGGACCUUCUCAGCGAAUUCUAUGAACCCAACGCGCUAAUGAUGGAGGAGGAGGGCGCCGUCAUCGCCGGCCUGCUGGUGGGGCUGAACGUCAUCGACGCCAACUUGUGCAUGAAAGGGGAAGACCUGGACUCUCAGGUCGGCGUCAUCGAUUUCUCAAUGUACCUCAAAGACGGCGGCCACAGUAGCAAGAGCGCGGAAGGCGAUGGUCAGAUCACUGCCAUACUUGAUCAGAAGAAUUAUGUGGAGGAGCUCAACAGACAUUUAAGCGCUUCAGUAAAUAAUCUCCAGGCCAAAGUGGACGCAUUGGAGAAGUCCAACACAAAGCUUACAGAAGAGCUGGCGGUGGCCAACAACCGGAUCAUCACCCUCCAAGAAGACGUGGAGCGGGUGAAAGAAGAGAGCUCCUUUCAGCUUGAGUCCAAUAGGAAGGCUCUCAGAAGCGACUCGGCGGACGGGCCGGCGCUGGGCGAAACGCGCAAGCAGCUCAAGGAAGAGACGCUGCUCCGACUGGACGUGGAGAAGGAGCUGGAGGUGCAGAUCGGCAUGAAGCAGGAGAUGGAGCUGUCAAUGAAGAUGCUAGAGAAGGACGUGUGCGAGAAGCAGGACGCGCUGGCCGAAUUGCGACAGCAGCUGGAUGACAUGCGUCUUAUCAACCAACAGCUCAGCCACAAGUCGCAGAGCGCCGACAGCAGCUCCAAGCAGAAGAGCGAUGCUGUGGCCCGCUUAGAAGACAAAAUCAGCCAGAUGUCCAGCACCAUCAGACAGCUGGAGAACAGAUGUAAGCAGGCCGAACGCGAGAAGGACGCGGCGCUGGAGGCCAACCGCCUCUUUAAGUGCGAGUUCGGGGACAAGAUCGAGAGCCUGGAGGUGGAGCUGGAGCGCCUUCGGAAACGCAGGUCUGAUGUGGAGGCGGAGCAGAGAACGGAGCGCCGCUUAAACGCCGCCCCGUGCCAAGACCUCCCCCAACCUCGCCCGGGAUCGCUGGCGUCCACCCGACAGCGGAAAGUGGCGGCGGAGGACAAAAGCGGCCCAGACUCCAGCUCGUACGUGCUUCCAAUAAGGUCCGCUGGCAACUCUGAUCAUGAAGAGGACGAGUCUUUUGAGGACAUCAGUGAAUCUUCCGUAUGCAGCAUGUGCGAGCAGGAAGCCUCCCUCCUCAAGACAAAGAGACAGUGCAAGAAGUGCGGCGGCGUCUUCUGCGAGGGCUGCGUGGCCAAUGAGCUGCCGCUGCCGUCGUCCAUCUUGCCGGCGGCCGUCUGCGCCGCCUGCUAUGCACUCUUGUUACAACAAUAUGCAUCCACGUCACCAGCGUAGACCAAAGCAAGCAACAAAAUGUUUUCCUGACGCAACUGGAAGCGCAGAGUGGAUUUUUUGUUGUUUUGGAUAGACCUCCACGUCACAAUUGUGGUUUUGAGAAGACAAAAAUGCAAGUAAAUAAAGAAUCGACAUUUGACAAAGCCCUUUGUCAAAAAAAAGCCCUAUUCAUUUUCAAUUGUACAUUCAACGCCCUCAAAAAUGUUUUCCAUUCAAACCUGUAAAAAACCUCCACUGGCAGUACCGUUUCGGACGAAGUCGCUACUUAUUUCCUUCAUUUUAAAUCUUGCGGAUUAUCAGUGCGGCUUACUUGUUGAUUUAUUUGGGUUAAUAGUACGGUUGUUCCGAUCAUGUUUUUUUUUGCUCCCGAUAUUUCCCGAUCCGAUUGCUUUUUUUUUUUGGCUCCCGAUUCAAUUCCAAUCAUUCCCGAUAAUUUUUCCCGAUCAUAUACAUUUUGGCAAUGCAUUAAGAAAAAAAUGAAUAAAACUCGGACGAAUAUAUACAUUCAACAUACAGUACAUAAGUACUGUAUUUGUUUAUUAUGACAAUAAAUCCUCAAGAUGGCAUUUACAUUAACAUUCUUUCCGUGAGAGGGAUCCACGGAUAGAAAGACUUGUGACUUUGUAUAUUGUGACUAAAUAUUGCCAUCUAGUGUAUUUGUUGAGCUUUCAGUAAAUGAUACUGCAGCCAUUCAACCCAAAUGCAUGAUGGGAAGUGGACCCAUGACUGUGCGUAGUGCUACCAAUUGAUAUAUCUUCUGUGUUAAAAGAUCAAUUGCUACCUUGCUUCCCAUGAUAUUUCUAAUCGUAGGGAGAGGGAUUGUAAGGCUUUUAGCCUAUUAAAAAAAGGGUCCAAAGGCUGCCAUUACACCAUUACAGAUUGAGCGCAACAAUGCGUGAGUGGCUCGUGCAACGCGUGCAUUAAUUGCGUUAAAUAUUUAACGUGAUACAUUAUUUAAAAACUAAUUACCCCCGUUAUCGGUACCUUAAGCCUAAAGACUCUGGAUGAGUGUAACAUAUUAUGUCUGUAACGUUAAAUACAUUUAGAAAACGAUUUUAAAAAAAUACAGUGAUACCUCAGCUCACGAACGCUUAAGCUCACGAACUUUUCGCCUCAAGAACAUUAAAUUCGCGAGCAUAUAGUCUCUGCUGACGAACUAGUUUUCGGCAGACGAACCAAUUCACGCGGUCGAAAAGCGCCACGAGAAGCUGACGCACGCUCACGGCGUCCCAGUUCGUCCCCUCACUUUCGUUGAGUGCGGACGUGGUUUGUGUUUGAUAGACAUUUUGGACCAUAUUGAGUGUACUUUUGCUAUUAUGGGACCGAAAAAGUUACCUACAGUCCUUAUGGAAGGUGACUCGUGUUACCAAUUCGCCCUCGACUGGUAAUUGGCGGUGCUUUCAGCUUCCCACCGUAGUGAGAAGUGGACCGGCGAGUCACGUUGGCUCGUUGUCGUCGGUUGUCUUCGGUUCGCCCGAUUUCCUCUCCAGAAAGGAGGCGGCGUGCAUACAAACACCCAGAGGCGUCGGAUGGCUUUUUGUGGGCACUUUUAUUAACAACCAAAAGCAUGUGGGGGGCACAGCAGUGGAGUCUACGCUAACUGCGCACUUUGCCGGUAACACUCUCCUUCCAAACAGUAACUCCCUCCCUCCCUCCUCCUCCCACUCCAUUCCAUCAAGCCAUCAGCUACCAUCACAAAGGUAAAUAAAACGACUUUAUUAUACAGUACAGUUUAUUUCUUUAAUUAUAAUACAAUAGCAAAUUUAUUAUACAUAAAAUAAGGUAUAUUUUUGUGUAGUUUUAAGGCUUAUUUAGUAGAAAAUUAUGUUUUAUGGGGACCUGGGAACGGAUUAUUCUCAUUUUAAUGGUUUCUUAUGGGAAAUAAAUGUUCGGAAGACGAACUUUUUGCCUUACACACACUUUCUGGGAACCAAUUAUGUUCGUGAGCUGAGGUAUCACUAUAUAUAUAUAUAUAUAUAUAUAUAUAUAUAUAUAAAAAGGCAUGGCAGAUAUGUUUUUUGCCGAUUCCGAUACUUUGAAAAUGACGUGAUCGGACCCGAUCGAUCGGGACAUCUCUAGUUAAUAGGUAACUGUUUAUUUGAUAGCAGUGUCAUAAGACCGUCAUAAUUAUGACAUGACACCAUCAUGGACAUUAGAUUGCUUAUGACCGAUGUCAUUUAGUGCCAUCUGGCAAAUUAUGUUUCUAACUCUAUUAUUAAGAUUAUUUUUUUCCAGCGAUGCCAAUAAUAGCUCGACUGAUUUCACCAAUGAGAUGUCGCAACAAUAAUCACAUGACUCAACUAUACCAAUCAGAAUCCAGCUUGUUCAAUCACCUGGUGUCUUUAAAGCACCGUAAAAAAUAAUUUGACAUAGAGCGCUGCCCUCAACAUGACUCGAAAGCGCGGAUUUAAACCUCUCUCCCAGUUUUUGUUUAUAUAUCGAUUGACCACAGAAAACCUGAAAUAUGAUCCUCUUAAUUUCAUCAUAGUAACGAUGAAGGAACUAUUGUUUUCAAACUAAGAACUGUUCUCUCCACUAGAGGCCACUCAUGCUCUUUGGAUGAAUAAUGCUUUUUUUUCUCUCGCUGGCAUUCAAUUUUUUUGGGGGGGGGGGUAUUUCUUCUGCUUAAUGUGGUCCUGUAAUGGAUUAUUGUACAGUAUUAAAACGGUUCACAAAAAUGAAUUUUUAAAAUUCCAUUGUUUGGGGGAAAAAAAAAAGGAGUUCCAAUACUCAAGUAUUCUUUUCACUGGUAACUUGUACUUGAGUACAUUUUUUGGAUGACUUGAGUAAUAAUGUUGAGUAAUAUUCUUAAACUAACGCUGUUCUUACUUGAGUAAAUUUUUGGCUACUUUACACACUUCUGCACAAGGUUAAUGGAUACAUCAUCAUUCAAGAAAAGGUGAGGGCAAGUGACUAUUUUGGUCAUAGAAAAAUUAUAUUGUAGCCAGGCAUGCAAACUGGUUAGGGGUGAAAAAGGUGACAAGUAACAUGGACCCGCGGCAUGCGCGGAAAAGUGCAUUUCAUCGUGCAACCAGAAACAUCUCGAAUUAAACACAGUACAUAAUAAUUUAACAUACACAAGUCUAAAUAUCUAAUCCUGAAAUCAGAACAUAUAAAACGCAUUAAGUAGCAAAUUAUACAAAAUCCAAAUUAUAAAAUAUAUAGUAUUUCCCAUUUACAUUAAGCAGUGAACAGCUGUACAGCAUAAAAUAUGAAUUUACAGGUACAGUAUAAAUUCCAUUCACUUAACAAGUCUUCAAAAGCAUUAACUGUAGUGAUCAUAAAUUUAUUUACAUUCAACCAAAGCAAUUAGUCCCAUUGUCCUUAACUUCGAUUGAUAGGGCAUCAUACAACAGAAGUACACUUACUUGUAGGCUGUUUCAUGAACGGGGCUGUGUACGAACAGCGCGGGAAUAGAUAAGAGUGGCGGUGAUAGGUCUAGGUCAUAGGACUAGAGUGUAGUUUUGAGCAUGGACUACAGUUUUGAAGUUAACGGUUUCACUCGCUCGUUGAAAUGCGCCCCCCCCCCCCCCCCCCAUUUUUUCUCCUCAGAUCUACGUGAUUCAGAAGAAUGACCCAUUUUCAUUUCAAAACGGCGAAAUUUCGCAGAAAGGAGGCAAGUUUGCAUGACUGGUAGCAUCUACAAGGACAACUCGGCGAUGAUAAUGCACGAUCAGCAGGAAAACAGCACAUUAUUUUUAAAUAAUUGUACCCACAUGGAUGCCACCAACUGUACGUAAAAAAAAAAAAAAAAAAAGUUGCCCGACAGUGGCCAGUGGUAUGCUCACGCUCUCACGCCACCUAGCCAAUCAUCAUCCCGUUUGCAACAGCGUCACCAGAGCCCUGAGCGUCACAACCCCCUUCCCUCCUCCCCUCUCCCGCUUUGCUCUAUCCAGGUAGCUGUGACAAAAUCAGUCAACUCACGUUUCAUUCAACCAAAAUUGUAGCACUGUGCCCCUUUCCAUCCUCAGUAACUGUAAUGGCGUUGGAAAAAUGGGAAAAUUACUACUAGAAAAAAAUAAUGCUGUUAUACUCUAACGCCAUUAUUAAAAACACUGCCUGUAAGUACCGAAGGGAAUAGCAUCUUUUCGCGUAUUUAUUGUUUGCAUUACUCUAACACAGUAUAAUCAUUCAGGGAAUAGUAUAUUUUCUCAUAUUUACUGUUUGUAUUACUCAGUCUCGAACAAAUGGCGGGACAUCCUGUAUUGCCACAAGGAAGACUUGAUAUGGAGGAACCCGCGAACGAGAAGUGAACACUGAGCAGUGAGCACUCAUGUGGCACUGAGGAUGGCAAAAUCCUUAACUCUUGUUGCCCUGACAACUAGGGAUGGGAAUCGAAAUCCGAUUCCAAUUCGGAACCGGUUCCGAGUGUUUCGAGGCCUCGACAUCACAAUGAAAAAGCCUUAAUGAUCCCUUUAACGAUUUCUAAAGACGCGUAUUGCGUCGUGACGUGUCUUGUUGUCCAGACGCAUCAAACUAGCAUGGCGCCAAGAACCACUCGCUCCAAAGUUGGACUACACUUCACCAGGAAAGAGUGUGAAAAUGAAAGGUUACGACGGGUAAGCACGAGCAUUGCAGCCAUAAACAUAACAAUGACAGCACGUAGGUUCAAACGCUCGAAAGUGUGUCUUCACUUCACGAGGAAAAAUUACAACAAAGCGACUUGCAGUCAUUGCAAGGUGGAGAUAACUGCAUCGGGAGGGAAUAGACUGCACUGUCCUCACCGAGACAGCUAUACAGCUAGCUGAACUCCGAAAUGACAAUACAGAAGACGUUGGUAUAAUUUGCUGACUUUAUUCAACCAUCACUUGAAGAGUGAAACUAAAAAUAGAAAUGAAACAAAUCAAUUUCGUCCCCAAUAACAAACAGGUUUGCAUCAACGUAAAUCAGCGAUGAUUAGCUGCUAAUAACAGUAUGGUUAGCAUUCGUUCGCUAGCAUUAGCACAUCGUUCAAACCACUACACAACUGGAUUUAAGUGUCCGAUCGCGAGUGGAAACACAACAACAACAACAACACAAAAGAUUAUACAUACAGGCGUUGCCUCUGUAGAUAUUAACAUUAACAAAGAACGUAGGCUCGUAGAAGUGUUUCCCUCUCUCACUUCGCACGCUCACUCGCUUGGAUGCGGCAUUUCUUCGGGUGCCCAAACUGCGGCCCGCGGCCCAAAUACGGGCCGCCUCCACAUUUGGUCCGGCCGUUUUGAAUUUUUUUUUUUUCCUCAAUCGUGUUAUUUAUUUCCUGGCCUUU